GUGCAGCAGCUGCUGCCCCGGUAUUUCAUCUCCCGGCUGAGCCCGGGCCGGGGGAGCUGCCCACCAUCGCUGCCCACCACCAUCGCUGCCCACCAUCGCUGCCAUCCAUCACCACGCCUCGAGAGGUCCCUUCUCCGAGGGUCCCUCAUCCCUCGACUCCACCGGCAGACCCAUCCCGGGCCGCCCUAUCGAGGGUUCGCCGGCUCGGGACAGCCCCGGGAAGCUCCAUCGCUGAUCGCUGCCCCCGUGUCCCCCCGAGGAUGAAGAACCGGCCGGUGCUGGCCGUGCUGCUGCUCCUGGCGCUGCCGCUCGCCCUCGCCCGCCGCGCCCCCGCCGCCCCGCCGGGCCCCGCUCCGGGGAUGCCCGGCCCGGAGCCGCUGCCGUGGAGCCCCCGCGGCAGCCCCGGGGCCGCCGCUGCCGCCGCCGCGCUGGAGCUGCUGCGGGAGGAAAGCGCCGGUCCCCCCGCGGCGCCGCAGAAGAGAGACAUGCACGAUUUCUUCGUGGGGCUCAUGGGGAAACGAGCGGCGGGGCGGGGGAACGGCAGCCCGGCCCCCCGGUGCUCCCCGGGACCCCCCGCUCCCGGCGAGGCCCCGCUGCGGGCGGCGUGAGCGGCGGAACGAGCCCCGCACGGGGCCGUGCCCGGUGUCCCGGGGAUGGUGGGACCGGAGCGUCCCGGCGCCCACGGAGCCGUCGGGAGAGCGGCGGUGCCGCCCCACGCGCGCGUGUCCGUGCACCUGUGUACACCCGGACGUGUCCCGUUAUACACCCACCCGUGUCUGCGCGGGACACGCGCAAAA